GUGCUUUUUCUCUCUCUCUCGUGGCUGUGGGUUAGUUACGCCUUUCCUGAAUCUGAGGCAAGAGGGAGGGAAUUUUUUUUUGUUUUAAAGUGUGUGAUUGAACAAGGAGUGUGCCUGUGACUAGUCGGCGAGCAGCAACUGCUGUAGCAGUAGCUUUGAGUCGUUUUGUCUUCUGCAUCUUUUUUGGAGCUCGGCUCGUGGAGAAAUAGGGGGGGAGACUGUGUGUGCGCGCUUUAGACACUUGAGUCCUUUCAGAGAGAGAGAGAGAGAGAGGACCCGGGUAAACUAAAAGAUUGGAUUUUGAAAGGUGCAGUUCAGAAAUUCACCAUGUGGGAGAAGCUGGCGAGAGUUGACAGAAACGAGAACAGAGGGAAACUGUCGGCAACCCAGCAGUUUGGUCGUUGCAAUAUAGCUGAUGCUUAGGGGACAGGAAAGAUUUGUCAGAUCAGAGGAAAAACCAAAUAGCGGUCCGCUGAGCAGCUCUUGCAAAACUCCCCAGGAAUUUAUUUAUUUAUUUUUUAAAGAAUGGAUAUUAUGGUGAGGGGCAGGAUGUUGGGGCGCGAAGUGGGCAAUCCAAGGGUUGUCCCAGCCACUGCUCAGACCUUUUGAGUGAGUGGAACUCUUCCCCUCCUCCGAUUCUCUCCCUAUCCCCUUUGGUUGCUAGCCGCAAAUGGAGCGCCCGAACGGCCGACAAUGAAGUGACAGGCAGAAGCUGGAAUAAAACCAAGAGCUGCAAGGUUGGGGGUGGGGGGAGUGCUGCAAGUCUGGAAGAAACCCUCCUUCGCUUCGCUUCCCCCACCCCAAAAAUUACUGGAGAUAACUCCGCAGCAUCAGUGUGUGUGUGUGUGCAGAGAGAGGACAGAGUUGAACGCUUGCAGCUGGGAAUGAAGAGGAGGCGAAUUCGCCGUGAAAUGUGCGGACAGACGCGUUCGCCCAUCGCCCAAGGUCGCAGCCUGUUUGGAAAACCGUGCGCUGGAGCCCAGGGAUCCAGCACCGGCUGGUGAAACACCGACUGGAGGGCACUCCGUUCCUAAUCUUCGCAAACCCACAGCAACGCCUCCGCGCUCGAAAUUCCCAGGAAAUUGCCCCUUCUCCAGGUACAUGAUUUCACAAGCAACCACUACUACUUCCUCCUCUGCUUGGCCUCAAACAGCCACCAAAGAAAUCAAAACAUGAAAAUUCAGAUCACUUUGCUGGGUCUUAUUUAUUUCUCAGUCUGUGAAAGUUUGAAGACCGUAUCUAAGAGACAUUUGGUUGACGUCUGUAUUGACUGGUCUGUGGAUCUCAAGAAAUACAUGGUGCUGGUAGGUGAACCUGUGCGUAUAAAAUGUGCACUCUUCUAUGGAUAUAUCAGGACUAACUACAGCAUGGCGCAGAAUUCAGGGCUCAGCCUAAUGUGGUAUAAAAAUAACGGACAAGGAGAUUCCGAAGAGCCAAUUAUAUUCGCUGGGCGCAGAAUAAGCAAGGAAGAGGAUUCCAUUUGGUUCCAUUCAGCAGAGUUACAGGAUAACGGAUUCUAUACUUGUGUAUUAAGAAACUCAACGUAUUGUAUGAAGGUGACAAUGUCCUUGACAGUGGCGGAAAAUGACUCAGGACUUUGCUACAACAGUAUGAUUCGACAUUUAGAGAAAGCUGAAAUUACAAAAAGCAAAGAAAUCCACUGCCCAGAUAUUGAAGACUUCAUCACAGAAAACCAAGAUCUUGAUAUUGUUUGGUACAAGGAAUGUUUGCCUAAAUCAUGGAGAAGUACAAUUUUGCAGAAGAGAAACACCCUUGUAAUCCAGGAGGUUCAGGAGGAUGACUUGGGGAAUUACACCUGUGAAUUGAAAUACAAAAACAAGCUGGUGCGAAGAACAACUGAAUUAAAAAUUACAGCUGUACUCACUGACAAGCUCCCUCAGCUUCUACUCCCUCCUGAAAACCAACAAAAUACAGUCGAUGUCCAGCUGGGCCGUCCAACCAGUCUGGUCUGCAGGGCAUUCUUUGGGUACAGCUCGGUUAACCCAAUAAUAUACUGGAUGAAAGGUGAAAAAUACAUGGAGGAGCUGGAAGACAGUCAAGUUAGGGAGAGUGAUAUCAGAAUUCUAAAUGAACACCUCGGGGAGAAGGAAGUGGAAGUAUCACUGAUAUUUGAUUGGGUGAAAGAAACGGACCUGGGGAAUUAUACCUGUAUUGUAGAAAAUCGAAUUGGACGCACACAGACCAGCAUUCUUCUCCAGAGAAAAGACCUAAUGUACCGAGUCGAACUUGCAGGUGGCCUGGGAGCUAUCCUGCUUUUGAUCACUUGUCUAGUAACCAUAUACAAGUGCUACAACAUUGAAAUGAUGCUGUUUUACCGGAGCCAUUUUGGAAGUGAUGAAACGGAAGAUGAUAAUAAAGAGUAUGAUGCAUAUCUGUCAUAUACCAAAAUUGACCCUGCCUCACUCACCCAGGAAAACAGGGAAGAAGAGCAAUUUGCUUUGGAAAUAUUGCCAGAUGUCUUGGAGAAGCACUAUGGUUACAAACUAUUCAUUCCUGACAGGGAUCUAAUGCCAAGUGGAACCUACAUUGAAGAUUUGACAAGGUCUGUUGAUCAAAGUCGGAGACUGAUUAUCGUGUUGACACCAGACUACGUUAUAAGGCGUGGGUGGAGCAUUUUCCAGCUAGAAAACAGGCUGCAUAACAUGCUGGUAACUGGAGAGAUCAAAGUUAUAUUGAUUGAAUGCCCCGAUGUGGAAGGAAUAAUCAACUACCAUGAAAUUGAAGCCUUAAAAGAUACUAUAAAACUCCUAUCUGUCAUCAAGUGGUGUGGCCCAAAAUGUAACAAACUUAAUUCCAAGUUUUGGAAGAAGGUUCAGUAUGAGAUGCCCAUCAAGAAAAAGGAGCCGCUUGCUCGAGGCCAGGUUCUAGAUGCAGGUGAACAGGGUAUUUUCGGAGAACUGCAGACUGUCUCAACUGUUUCAAUGGCAGCAAACUCUGCCACAGUCACAUCUUCCCAGCCAGAUGUCCCGCCAAACUUCCACAAAGCGGAUCAUAUGCAAUUGAGGCACUACUGCCGAACUUAUGAAUAUGACAUUUCACCCGCGGCAGUGCCCAUUACCUCUAUAAGCAAUCAACACACUUACUGCAAUAUUCCAAUGACCCUCAUCAAUGGACAGGCACCACAGAUCAUUAUCACUAGAGACCCGUCCCUUCGGGACUGUCCAGUUAGCAAUGAGCGUCUGCCAAUGUCUUCACGAGAGAUUGGUAUCACGAGUGAUAUCUGGUAGGGACUUGGGCAAUUUCCCCACUUCCCAGUGCGUUUCGAUCCAAGCUGUGUAAACGCUUGCAAAAAAAUUAUGCGAAAGAACGCCAAUCUAAAACUAAACUCACAAGCCACAGAGAGUUCUGCUGUGUUGCAAUAUCCUAGAGCAUCUUUUAGACAUUGUACAUGUGAGCUUGUAUAUCUUAAGGAGACUGUCAGCCCUUGUUACAGAAUGGCUUUGACCUUCUUCUGCCCAAACUUGCCAAAUCCGAAUCAAAUAUUUGCUGUUUUGAGUAGGCUACUCUGUCUUUAGGAUUAGCAGAAUGGCUGCAUUUCUAUUAAGUGAAAUUUGGGACUCUCUCCUUGACCAGGCUGUGGGGUCAACUGUACAUUUUGAAAUUGAGAUUGAUACAUUUUUUUCAUUUGGCAUGGGUUACAGAAUCAAGAUGGAUAGAUGGAUACAGAUCAGCCAUGAUCGAACUGAAUGGUAGAACAGGCUUGAGGAGCUGAAUAGCCUCCUUCUGUGCCUAUCCUCCCCGUCAUUCAGUGUCUGCUGGACAUAUGUUGUUAGAAAAGUGAGCACAUUAGAUAUUCAUGUCUUCAAUUCCAUUUUGCAUUCGGCCAAGCAUGUGCUUCACAGAUGGUGAGAAAAUACUGAUUUCAAUGGGAAAGACCUCUCUCCUGAAGCAUGUGAGGACCUCAAUCAGCCAUGAACUCCAAACAGAAUCGAAGGAAAACCACAGAUAAGUCAUGACCCUGGAAUUUGUUGAGAUGAGGAACUGUUGAGAUGAGCAGUGGUUAAACAUAGUCCACAGGAUGCAGCUGUUUUGGGGGAUGGCAGCCUCUUAGAGCCAGGCUGAGAUCCCUUGCACAAGUACCAGAUGAUUUCCACCAAGUGUUCUAUGUCCUGCUUUCCCCAGGAUUGCUUUCAUUUACCAUGGAGUGAGAUUAACAGCCCAGUAAUCUCAGCACACAGCAGUUAACACACGACACUUUGAGAGGCAAGGAUCAACGUAGUUGGUGUUUUUUUUUAAAUUUAACUUCAUUAUUGCUUGUAAACAGUAGCAUGGUGCUUGUAUUCUUUUAUUUGGCAGUAUUUACCAUAAGAGAUAAACUCCCCAGCACUCCAUGACAUUGAAAGUACAAAUGAGGGAGGUCAGGUGUAAAAGAAUGUGUCUGCACAGGGAAUGUAACGCUGAUAGUUCACAUGUGUGGAAUAAAAUACAAUUGUAGUGGGCACAUCAACAAGCAACCUGUUAUGAAAUGUGUUCGCACUUACAAGAAAUCCAUAUGCACAGGAUCAAUCACUGUUUUAAAAAAUAAGCACAUUGAAUGCAAAGAAUCUUUUCCCCCGCACUGCAAAAAGCAUGUUUAUUUCAAGUCAGUGUUACAUUACAUUUAGGCCAGAUAGUUUGGACCUUUUCAACUUAUGAGUGUGUUACAUCAAGGAAAUGACUAGCUUAACCACUGAUGGGAAAUGAGUUAGUUUAUAAUUAAUGAGAGAUGGCUGCAUCUUGAUCUAUUUGUCUGUUCUCUUCGAGGAGGCUCUGUUUUCAAAUGGUGCAUGUUUCAAGCUUCUAACAAGGUCUUACAGCUGGGUUGCCACAGCAGGUUGAUGAAUUGGCUUGGCCGCCAACAAACAGUUAGACAGGGUUGCCCCUUUACUGGGCUGUGUAGUCAUAACACCUACUGCCGCAAUAACUCUCAGGCCUGCCUUGUGAAGUAACUUUUAGUUGUUUGAAUACUGCGUGAGAAAACAUUUUAACUCAUUCAUGGGAUGUGAGCAUGAUUGACGAGGUCAGCAUUUUGUUGCCCAUCCCUAAAUUCCCUUGGUAAGGUGGUGGUGAGCUGAAUGGCAAACCUCUUAUGUAAUGGUGUAGAGGAGCCGGUGUUGGACGGGGGUAGACAAAGUUAAAAAUCACACAACACCAGGUUAUA